UUCUAAAAUGGUUACUGGUGGCUACUUUUUCGCUCGCCUCCUUUCUUGACGACCAGAGCUGCACUCGGAACAGCAUCCAUUCCCACUCAUCAACCCUUUCUUGCAGAAGGAAUAGGUUUCAGCUCCACCACUGGAAACCACCACCAAGAACAAGAUCUGAAAUAGGCAGGCAGGCAGGCUGGGGUCAACAGAGCUGAGCAUACAGGUCAGGUCAGCUCAACUCUCUCAAGCAGCGAGCAGCAGCCAUGAGUACCAUGAAGUUUUGCCGUGAAUGCAACAACAUACUGUACCCCAAGGAGGACAGGGACCAGAAGGUGCUUCUCUAUGCCUGCAGGAACUGUGACCACCAGGAGGUUGCAGACAACAACUGCGUGUACCGGAACGUGGUGCACCACAGCGCCGGGGAGUUCACCCAGGUGCUCCAGGACGUCGCCGGCGACCCGACGCUGCCCCGCACCAAGUCCGUGCGCUGCGCCGUCUGUGGCCACGGCGAGGCCGUCUUCUUCCAGGCCACCGCGAGGGGGGAGGAAGGGAUGACGCUCUUCUUCGUCUGCUGCAAUCCGAGCUGCGGCCACCGGUGGAGAGAGUGAGGUGUUGAUCAGCCAGGCAAAAGGAUCCCAUUGAUGCAAACAGUCAGAGGGACACGAUUUUUGAAUUUUUCAUCCAAGAGACCUGCCCAUAGUAGCAUGAACUGAUUGUAUGUUUGAAGCACAUUCAGGCAUAAGCCGUUUCAGUAACUUCAGAAGGGAGACAAUUAGGACCACUGGGGUAAAUUUCCCUGUGGUUCAUUUAACAAACAAAGGAUUUGAUGACGAGGACAAGCUUCUUGGUUUUCUGUUUCCUUUGAAUUUCUCCGGUAGCUUCAGUUGUGGAUCCUGAGAGCAAUCGUGUUCUUAAGUUUCUUUCGCUUAAGCAAACGAUGAGCUGCAGAACUUGCAACCACGGGGAACAGCAGCAAGCAAGCCAUGAUUACCAUGAAGUUCUGCCGUGAAUGCAACAACAUGAUGUAUCCCAAGGAGGACAGGGAGCAGAAGGUAUGUAGGUUCUCCUUUCUUCUACUCUCCAUCCACCCAUUUGAGGUUGUUCUUGGAUUCAGAUCCCUGGUACAAGAUGAGAUGAGCAGCAGCCGUCGACGAAAUAUCCGAAAACAGCGCAAAUUCAGUAGAAAAGGAUGCGGCCUACAUAUAGAUUUAGGAGCACAGUGCAGCCUGUGCAUAGAUUGAAACGGCGGAAAGAUGCUCUUACAAGUGAAUUUAAGCCAUCUGGAAGAUCAGCAAACAUUCCAUUUUGCUAGUAGUCAGGUUGUGACGUACUUUCCGGUGCAGAGCAAACUUUAACUUUUCAUUCUAGUUCUUCAAACUGACGAUAAAAUUCAGGAAACGCCACUAUAAAGGAUGGAAUCCAUAAAAUGCAAUUCCAAAGGGGCGUGUGCUUCACCAUAUGCCAUAAUCCCUUCACCAGGCAGCAUACAAGAGGCCAGCCUGGUGAUGUCGGAUCUGAAUACCUGAUCCUGAGCCAUCCCUUUCAGCUUGGCCUCCAUGAGCCCUUCUUCUGCGCUCUGUAAAUCUGGAGGUGUCAAAAAUCAAUAUAGAUGAUUUUGAUUUGUUACGUA